AAUAGUUCCCCAACCACUUUAACCUAUUUGUCUACUUUAACCUAUUUGUCUUCUCUUAUCGAAAAAAUCCACUUUUUCACUCUCUUGACCAUGAAAUCCAAAAUUAAACAAGACUUUAUUGAGGAAAAUCAAGAAGAAGUAAUCGAAAUCCAGAGGAAAAUAAGAGUAAAAAUCUCAGACCCAGAUGCAACAGAAUCAUCUUCAGAUGAUGAAAAACAAGAAAAAAGACCAAAGUUGAUUGUUCAUGAGAUUAUUCAGGAAAAGGUAAAGAUUCAAUCUUUUUCACUAAAUAGCAAAAACCCAUUAGAUUUUUAUCAAUUUUCUGGUAAAUUGCCUCCUCCUAUGGCUCGAAAAAGAAAAUGUGGAAAAUUUCAAGAGAAGGCUAUUUCUGCAAAAUCUGGAAAUCCGCCAUUAAUGGUGGAUUCUCAUACCUCGGAUUCAUCGAAGGUAAAGAAUCGUUUUUCACUCAAAAACAGAAACCAAUCUUCUGGUAAAUUGCCUCCUAUGGUUCGAAAGAGAAAAUCUGGAAAAUUUGCAACUGAGAUUAGAGACCCAUUUAGCAAGAAAAGAAUUUGGUUGGGUACUUUUAAUACUCCUGAAGAGGCUUCUGAGGUUUAUCAAUCUAAGAAACAUGAGUUUCAGGAGAAGUUGAAAAAGGCUAAAAAUGCAAAUGUGAAAAAGGUUAUUUCUGCAAAAUUUGAACUUGGGUCGUCGUCUUCUUCGAACAAUCCGCCAUUAAUGGUUGAUUCUCAGUUCACAGAUUCAUCAACUGAGUCAGUUGAUCGAUUGAAGAAGGCUAAAAAUGCAAAAGAGAAAAAGGCUAUUUCUGCAAAAUCUGAACUUGGUUCUUCUUCUAGUGAUCCAUUAUUAAUGGUGGAUGAGCUUGAUGAGCAAUUGAAGAAGCCUAUGAAUGCAAAAGAGAAAAGGGCUAUUUCUGCAGAAUCUGAAUUUGGUUCUUCUUCUAGUGAUCCACUGUUAAUGGUGGAUGAGCAAUUGAAGGUGGCUAUUAAUGCAAUUGUGAAAGAGGAUAGUUCUGCAAAAUCUGAAGUUGGGUCUUCUUCUAGUGAUCGAGUGGAUGCACAAACCUCGGAUUCAUCUAAUGGGGUCGAAGAAAAAGAUCAAGAAAGUGAUGAAGAAAUGUGGAUGGGGCAGUGGAUACAAAUUUCAGGUGAUAAAGAAGUCAAAUUUUCGCAGAAAUUAGGCGUUCCUAUUGUUGACAAUUAUGGUUUUUUGUUAGGUGAAUUUAGCGAAUUGGAUGAUCUUAGUAUUUCUGUUUGAGAUAAUAAUAGUUCCAUAAAUUCUCUGUUCGAAACUUGCAGCAAUUUUAGGUAAUUUGUGAAUAUUAACAGUGGCAAUUGCAAGUCAAUGAAUAAAUGUUCAUAUGUUAUGGAAUUUGUUCUUAUGAUUAAAACUUUGAUUGCAUCAAUGGAAAUGUGUUCCUCAAAUUAGAAA